CACUAAAUCGCAUUUAUCUUUCUGCGUGACGUUGCGGUUGUUUGCCGGCAGUUUGACUCUCCUGUUGAUUGCCCCCGGCUAGUUAUCUCAUAGUUACCAACAGCCUCCCCGUCAGUCUGGCUGGCCUCUUUUUCUUCUGAUAUAAAGCCACCGAGGCAAUCGCUGCUGACAGUCUUCCUGACGUAAAAGCGUCUUGUGUUUUUCUGUCAGUGCUGGCAGCCAUUCUUUUCUCUCUGCCAUCUACCAGCUAGUUACGGCUGAGAAGCUCUUCCAUAUAUCAACACUACUACUGGAAUUUCACCAUGGCUAAACGCUCUAUCUUCGUGGCAACGCAUCCCCGAGCAUGCUCUACAGCCUUUGAAAGAGUCUUCAUGACCCGCCAUGACACUCUAAAGUGCAUCCACGAACCGCUCGGCGAUGCCUUCUACUAUGGCCCUGAGAGACUGAGUAAAAGAUACGAGGAUGAGCCAGAAGCCAGAAUCCAGACGGGCUUCCACGAGUCAACCUACAAGACGAUCUUCGACCGCUUUGACAGAGAAGCAUCAGAGGGGAAACGACUCUUCAUCAAGGACAUGGCAUACUACAUCAUGCCGCCUGAUGCGCAGCCAGCAACCAGAGUAGCCUCACUUCAGAUACCCAAACGUGGAAUCGGCACCAACAUGGACACCAACGGGGCCUCUUCUAACGGUGUGGCCAGAGCCCACGAUUCUAACACGCCACACCGUCCCAACGGGAGCAUCUCAGCGCCAGAAACUAACCCGGAGGUUGAUAAUCCGACGGUUAUCCCGCAAGAGAUGCUCUCGAAGUUCCAUUUCGCCUUCUUGAUUCGUGAUCCGCACUAUAGCAUCCCAUCGUACUACCGCUGCACCAUCCCGCCUCUAGACGAUGUCACGGGAUUCUAUGAGUUCUACGAAAACGAAUCUGGAUAUGACGAACUGCGCCGGUUCUUCGACUACCUUCGCAAAAUCCAAUUUGUUGGGCCAUCCCACGCAAGUACAGUCCAUACCGGAAAUGCAAAUGCAACCCUCAACGGGACCGCCAAUGGAACCACCAACGGAACCACAAAUGGAAUGCAUAGUGAGCCUGAGAAGGUCGAAAUAUGCGUGGUCGACGCAGAUGAUCUCCUGGACAACCCUGCAGCUGUGAUCGAACGGUUUUGCAAGAGUGUUGGGGAAGAAUACACCCCUGACAUGCUCCAAUGGUCCUCUGAGAAAGACCAGAAAGUGGCUCAUGACGCCUUUGCCAAAUGGCAUGGCUUCCACGAUGAUGCACUGGGUUCCAAAAGCCUGCGUCCAAGAGCCCACGUAAGUUUGCCCUGA